AUGGCGGAGGACAUCAAGGCCAAGCUGGAGCGCUACAAGACGGCGCCGUUCGACAGCCGCUUCCCCAACCAGAACCAGACCCGCAACUGCUGGCAGAACUACCUGGAUUUCCACCGCUGCGAGAAGGCGAUGGCGGCCAAGGGGGCGGACGCCACCCCCUGCCAGUGGUACCAGCGCGUCUACAAAUCGCUGUGCCCCACGGCCUGGGUGAGUGUCACUUCCUGUGUCACCCCCUGCCAGUGGUACCAGCGCGUCUACAAAUCGCUGUGCCCCACGGCCUGGGUGAGUGUCACUUCCUGUGUCACCCCCUGCCAGUGGUACCAGCGCGUCUACAAAUCGCUGUGCCCCACGGCCUGG